AUGUAUGAAAUGGAAGCCCUAAGUGAUCUCCACUUCAAAAUAUUGUUUUUCCAAAGAAUAUGUGGUUCUGAAGACAGCUGCCCUGAUGUGCUAAAACAAAUUUCAAAUAAAAUACUAAAGAAAUGUGGAGGCCUCCCAUUGGCAAUUAUCAGCAUAGCAAGUUUAUUGGCAAACAGGCCGAUGGUCAAAGAUGAGUGGGAGAGGGUCAGAAGGUCUAUUGGUUCUGCAUUGGACAAAAACCGAAGCUUAGAAGGAAUGAAUAGCAUACUAUCCCUUAGCUACAAUGACCUUCCACCUAAUCUAAAGACCUGCUUGUUAUAUUUACGUAUAUAUCCUGAGGAUUAUCUGGUUGACAGAGAUAUUUUCGUGAGGCGAUGGAUCGCAGAAGGCUCUAUGUCUGAAGAGCGAGGACAGAGCAAACAAGAGGUUGCCGAGAACCAUUUCUAUGAGCUAAUAAACAGAAGUAUGGUCCAACCGGUGGAAGUUGGCUAUGAUGGAAAGGCUCGUGCUUGUAAAGUCCAUGAUAUGAUGCUUGAUCUCAUUAUUUCAAAAUCGGUUGAAGAUAAUUUCAUCUCUUCGGCAGUGCACAGUCAAACUGAUUUCACAAAGCAUGGUGGUCUUAUUCGGCGACUAUCAGUCCAACAUAUUGACCAAGAGCUUGCAUCUAUAUUGGCAAAUGAAAAACUAAGCCAGGUACGAUCUCGAACAGUGAUAGCAUCAACUUGCAUCAGGCACUUGCCUGUGCUUCUUCAGUUUGAAGCUUUGUGGGUCCUAGAAUUUCAAGAUUGUGAGAGUCUGCAUGACUAUGAUAUGAAUGGUAUAGAUAAACUAUUCUAG